ACAAAAUUUCAGCAACUUUUAUGCUUAUGCUUAGCCAAGGCAACUCAACAUAUUCAACAUCAGAGCCAUCUUCAUCAAUACUCAUCCAUUUUCUAGUUAACAGUUCAGGUCUUAGGCACCAAUCCUGCUGUUUGUCCCAGUCAAUUGGCUGCACAAAUCUUCAUUUUGGCUCGGUCACAAAAUUCAAUUGCAUUUGCCAACGAAUUCCACUUAAUGUCAGCGUUCGCCACCUGCACAAUAAUUUCCCAAAAUGAAUUACUGCGCAUUAAGCUAACAAGGCACAUACAUAUAUACUACCUCCCACACAAACCCACUCACACACACGCACAUACAUUAUACGAUGCUGCUUGCAAUCGUUGCGGCUGUCGUCGUCCUUCGCAGCAGACAAGCCAGGGACGCGAUGCAGCCUGCAAUGCUGGAGGCCAAAUGGCUAAAAGAAGCAAMACAAAAACAAACAAACGAAACAAAAAUGAAAUGAGCGUGGAUAAAGUAAUGACAAUAAGGCGCGAAAGCGCGCUCGGAAAAUUCCAGCAGCGUAGCCAAGGCGAGAGCCCCUGAACCGCGCUCCGUGGGGGCGUACCAUAAUAACACGCAUACGCCGCGUCGUACGUGCAAAAUCAAAACAUAAACCAAGCGUAGCCUCAAAUCUAGUAGCUGCACUGGCUAGUGAAAUAUUCCGGGUGUGUGUAUAUGUGUGUGCAUGUGUGUGCAUGUGUAGGGUAGCGCUGGGUUGGGGUUGUUUUUAUUUGGGUUUUUCGCUGCACUUCGUGCCAACAUCGUAUUCAAGUCGUGAGCGCGUGACCAGUAGCCGAGUGUGUGUGAGAGAGAGAGAGAGGCAGAGAAGGAGAGCGAGAGCGAGAGCGAGCCGAAGGAGUUUCCGUGCAUGCAUGAUGAUGAUGAUGAUGAUGUUGUAGCAACAUAAUCGCGCUUCGUGCAGCGCUGGUAAAUUGCAUUUCGUUUCGUGAAUUCAGCUUUCAGUUCUGUUUCAGUUUCGAGUCCGUGCAGCUGCCUGCGAGCGGAGCCAGCCAGCCAGCCAGCCAGUCAGAGCUAGAGCCAGAGCCAGAGCCAGUGACUCGGCCGAGUGCAGAAGUUUAGCAAAGCAAAGCAAAGUAAAAGCAAACAAGUGCAGUUUGUGUUGUGUUACUGUGCGAGCGAGUGUGUAUUUGUAUUUGUGUUUGGCUUGUGUUUGCGUAUGUGCAUGUGCAUGUGUGUGUAUGCCCCCGCCGUAGCAUAGAUACAGAGAUACCUACACAUUUUCAGCGCCAGCCGCCUGAAAAGUGAAAACAAACCAGGCCAGCGCAAAUUGAAAGUUCUUCAAUUUGAACUCGACAAAGAAAGGAAAUCGAAUUCCUUGACUCUCUGGAGAGAUUUCUUGGCAUAUUUGUUGCUUGAAAAUACGACGCACAAUCUACAAGGCGACCAUGUCGACGCUGCCAUUCCUGCUGAGCGUGGCCGACGAGCUGGACAACAUCCACACACAAUCCUACCUGGACGACUUCGGUCUGGGCUUCCAUCCGCACCGUCAGUACUAUCGCACGCCCACCAUUCAGCUGUCGCUGCCAGCGAGCACAGACUGGACUGGACGCACCGAUUGGCAGGGACGACAUGCGCGCUAUCGCAGCUACAAGUUCUACGAUGAUUCGGAGAACAAUCUGGAGGAGGAGCAGGAGUCGGAGGCGGAGCAGCAGCAGCAGAAGCGRCAGCAGGAGCAGCACAGCCUGCAGCUGGAGCAGCAGGACAUCAGCCAGGAGCAGGUGCAGCAGCAAAAGCAACAACUCCAAGCCCACACUGCCAGCAUGGUCAAGUCGAACUCGCAUGACGUGGGCGUGGGUGGAUUGGGUCUGAAUCUGAGGGCCGGCGAGGAGGAGGACGACGAGAACAUCGAUCGCACCGUGCGCAUGUACAAUCUGUCCAAGAAGUGCUGCAAGAACUACUAUCGGCAUGCCUUGGAGAUGGACGGACCCGGCGCCAGUGGCCGGAGCAAGUGCAGCAAUGCACACACCGAAUGCCAUCAGUUGUUCUCCAGCUCCGAGGAGAGCCUGCAGAAGGUGCCCUCGCCCAUUGAGUUCCUCACCUGCUUCCUGGUGAAGAAGACGCGCACGCCCAAAUGCUCCAGCCAUGCCGCUGCUGCCGGCCGUGCGGCAGUCGGGCAGCUUAAGAAAACAUAGAACGCGGCCGCGUUGCUGCCAGCAGCAACGAGAGUGACAGCAACUGCAACUGCAACUGCAACAGCCACAGCCACAGCAACAACAACAACCGCUUCGGUCUCAAUGACAUCGACGUCGACGUCGAAGCGGCGCAGCAACUGUUUCUGAAUGUUGGCCAGAGUCGGUGUGCUCUGCGGCCAGGCCUGGAGCUGGCUGCAGCGUUGCGGCGAGCUGCCCAGCUCGGAGCCAACGACGUUGCCUGCAACGCGCCUGGGACGGAUUACCUACUAGGCGCAUAUUCCAUAUUGGAUAGCAGGAGGCGUGGCACACGCGACUAACACACACACACGCACACACACAGACACACGCGCACAAACACAAUGGCAAAUUGGUUUUAACUAUGGCAAAAGGCUGGCAACAGGAAUUUGCAUAGAGAUUCGUGCGGCGAGCUUAAUUUGCAGCAAACGCCGCUUGAACUACACACACACACACACACACACACGCACACACCGAAAUUGUUUUUUGGAUUCCUUAAUAAUCGUAAAGCAACUCAAAUACAAAACACAAAUUUUUAAGCCAGAGAUUUUUUAACGAAAAUAAUGCGAAUUUGUUAAGCAAACGUUUUUUAUAUGAAUUUUUUGAUACCUAACAAGCAAAACAAACAGAUUACUAUUUAUAUAUACCUUAUAUAUAUAUACACAUAUUAUAUAUACUAUAUUAUACAUACUUGUACUUGAAAAUAUGGGCAAAUUUAAGGCACAGCCAAACAACAACACUAGCUCACACACCCAGACACACACACACCCACACACGCACAGGAAAAGUUUCGUUUUUCGGGUAACAAAAAAAA